AUGGAUACUGAUAUGGAUCGAUCGCAUUUACAAACAGCAAAUCGUUUUGGACAAUUAUCAAAAAAUAUGUUCUUCGCACGGCAUGUUCCUCAACCAAAAUUUUUAAAAUUCAUUACAGGAACUGCUGGUGUUAAAGUAUGCCAUGUACGAGAUGAUGUGCCACAUUUACCAGCAAACCCAUCAGGUGAUUUAGCUAAGUCAUUACUAUCUGAUCCACGUUUUACUAUUGAGUUCCCACCGAAUUCAUAUAAUGAGGCUUUGCUUCGGUCUUAUGCAGAAAGAAUUCAACCAAAACGACGUCGAGAACGAUUUCUUCCUCCUAUACGUGGUUGGAAUCCAUCCGGAACGGUAAGUAUCAUUCAAAAUAAGCAUAGCAUUUUUCUCGUGUGUUUUUUUCUUCACUUAGUUGAGGAUACAGAAAAUUGGCGACGUGAAUUAUCACGUAUUGCUGAAAUGGUUGGUUUAGUAACAGCUGAUGAAUUAGCUGAAAUUGAACAUAAAAGAGAACCACCAUCAUCACCACUUAAAAGAACUCCAUCAAAAACAUCAAAUGGUGAAUAUAGUCAACGAACUGGUCGAUGGAAUGAAACACCUAAAACAUUAAGUCGUAGUCGAUCAUUACGUGGACGAACACCACUUUCAGCUCUCAUACCUAAUCAUCUAUUUUGUGUUGAUGAGCAAGAACGAGAGAUGUGGAUGCUUCAAGUACUUUGUCAAAUUUUAAAAACUGAAGAUAUUAAUGAAGUACAAUCAUGGCUUGUUUCAUCAAGUUUAAAUGAAAAAGAUGCUGUACGUCAAUUAAUUACAUCAGCAAUUAAAGGACUUGAAGAAAGUGGACGUAUUCAACCAACUGCUUAUUUUAAUGAAAAUACGAAAUCUAUUCAAGCUGGUAUGGAUACAUUAGGCUCAAUAGCGUCCAAUAAAUUUCCAAGUGAAUCCGUAUCGUCAAUUAAUGAAAAUACAAUAAAGCCUAAUUCUCGUCCUCGAACAUCUCCACAAAUACAAUCAACAACAACAACCAACGAUUUUCAAAGUAGAUCAACGCGAGCAUUUCAAACAAAUCUUGAACCAAUUGAUGAAGAAAAAAAUACAAAAACAUUUGUACCACAACCAACAAAAGUUGAUAGUAAACGCGAUAUACAAGUUCUUACAUUAAGUGAUGAUGGAAAUAAUAAUCAACAAAUAACAAAUAGAAAUAAAGAUGAAGUACCAUUCUAA